AUGGACCGCGCUCCGGCGAACGGCGAACCCGCGCCGCCACCGCCGGCUCCUCCUCCGGGACGCUGCCACUUCUGGCUCCCCAGCAAGCGGCGCCACUGCGCCAACUCCCCGCUCCCAUCCACCCAGUACUGCGGGAACCACCCGCCGGAGCCCUCCUCCUCCGCCUCGCGCCGCCGCGUGCCCUGCCCCGUCGACCCCUCCCACACGGUGUUCGAGGACAACCUGGAGGCCCACGUCGGCAAGUGCCCCUUCCGGAAGCACGCCGACGCGCUCGCCGCGCAGCCGUACUACUCCAAGGCCAUCAACUCCGGCGGCGGUGGCGGCGCCGUCACCUCCGCCGCCAAGCGCGCCUCCGUGCACAACCUCUCCGAGCAGCAGUUCCGGGGCCUGCUCGCCAAGAUCCGGUCGGCGCACGCGUCGGUGGCCAUCCAAAUGCGCGACUCACACAUCACUCCACUUGCCUGCGACAAGUGGAUGAAGGGCCAGGUUGAUAGGACGGUGCCGUACCAGGAGAAGCACGUUGUGCAGCAGGUGUCCAUUGUCGGGAACAUGGAGACAUUCGGUAUGCUGCCGAGCGGUAGGGAAGGAGCAGAGGAUGAAGCGGCGGAUAAUGCUCUGGCAGUUGUUGAAUUUGGUGCUGGCAGGGGUUACUUGACUCAGAUGCUGGCAGAUUGUUAUGGCAUUAAGAAUAUCUUCUUGGUCGAGAGACGGUCGUACAAGCUCAAGGCUGAUCGAAGUUUAAGACAAAAUGAGGGUGUUACGUUGGAGCGUUUGAGAAUAGAUAUUGAGGAUUUAAACCUGCAUGGAGUACAAACAUUGAUUGGAAGUCAGUAUCUAGCAAUUGGAAAACAUCUAUGUGGGCCUGCAACAGAUAUGACCAUAAUGUGCUGUCUUCAUGAACAACACAAUUAUACAGAAGAGAAAGGCCACGAUAAAUGUCGCCUACAGGGCCUUGCUUUAGCCACCUGCUGCCACCAUCUUUGCCAAUGGAAGCAUUAUGCAAAUAAAGCUUUCCUCUCAGGACUAGGGAUUGCGGAGGAAGAGUUCCAUGCCAUGACAUUGUUUAGCAGUUGGGCUGUGGAUGGUGAUCACAGCUCCCAGGACUCUUUGGAGGCUGAAGACUCAUCUUCUGAAGUCAGGGACAGAGAAGCCAAGAAGCCCGAUCUGGAGUUCACCGGAAUCGAGAGAAUUAUUCGUGGUAUGCCAGGCGAGGAGAGGAAUGCUCUGGGAUUUAUGUGUAAAGAUAUUAUUGACAGCGGGAGGCUGCUAUGGCUUAGAUCCAAGGGUCUAGAUGCAGACCUUGUAAGUUACGUUCCAUCGAAUAUUUCCCCAGAGAACCAUUUACUCAUCGCCAAGUGUAGGUCUUAAUUGGGAUAAUCAAUUUGUACCUCAACUAGGAGGAAAAUGGCUGAGUUUUGUUGUAAAAUGAUUUUGUGUUUACAAAAGGUCAUCAAGAU